AUGACCUACUGGCUUCUUAUUAAUGAGAAGCAUUCUAAAGCCUGGCAAAGGAAACAAACCUUUUAUGAUGUACAGCUGGAAGACACGGGCAACUAUACGUGCGAGAUUCGGACCAGGAAGGGACAGUCGCUAGCCAGAGUCACACAUCACGUUAUUGUCAUUGACCCGCCAAAAAUAAUCUGCCCGAACGUGUACGUCACUUACGGCGAGCGAAUGGUAAACGUCACCUGCCACGUCAUCUCCAGGCCCCAGCCAAUAGAAAUCGUCUGGUUUAAAUACCAGCCAAUGAGCGGCAACAUGGUGUCCUUGAAAGAAACCAAUGGCGCCAAAGGUCACGAUGAUAAUUGGGUCAUAAAAAGGGCAUGGACGCACGAUGGCCACUUGAAGACGACACUCUUCUUCCGCAAAAUCAAAGUGGAAUCAUUUGAAACGUUCCUAUUGGUCGUCAGGAACCCAGUACAUGCCUCCAACCAAUCAGUGAAGCUCUUUCAAA